GUUCGAAAAUAGACAAAGCAUGUCAAAUAGUAAUGAUGAUGAUGACAUUAUUCCUUUAAAACAGCAUGCUUUACAGCUUGAAAUAAGAACCGAUCCUAUUCGAGGCAGAGGUGUUUUUACAAAAGAAAGAAUAACAAAGAAUACUUUAGUAGAGAUUUCACCCAUUUUAUUUUUUAAUUCCAAAGAAUAUGAAGAACAUGGUCGAUUUACAGUGUUGGAUCAUUAUACGUAUUGUUGGCCAGGUGGAUUUGGUUUAGCACUUGGACUAGGCUCAAUGUUUAAUCAUGAUAGUUCACCUAACGUUGGUUUUAUUCGAGAUAUACCCAACAAAUUAAUUCGAUAUGUAACAUUACGUGAUAUAGAAAAAGAGGAAGAACUAUGUAUAUCAUAUGGAAACCAUCUUUGGUUUGAAGAUAAUAAGAAGCCACAAGAAGAUCAAUCAAGUGAAUCUGAAGAUGAACCUUUUCCUUUUGCUGAUGAUUAGCUCUUUUUUUUUUUUUUUUUUUCUUUCACUCCUUUUUUUCUCCUGUUGUAAAUAAAAAUAAUGCAUAAAGUCAUGUGAUGUUUUGUUUACAACUUGCCAUCUUUUCGUUUUCUUUUUUUUUUUUUUGUUUUUUUGUUUUUUUUUUGUUU